AUGACGUCCAUACCAUCAUCCUUGGACGCAGGCGCAGGCCUUCCAGGGUUCUUGGUCGGCAUCAUCCUAAUGAGUAUUGGCCUGGGGGGUGCGAAGUCAGGCGUUUCACCUUUGAUGGCCGAUCAGUACACCAAUUGGGAGAAAAAGAUCUUGGCCAAGCCAAACGGUAAGCGUGUCAUAAUUGAUCGUGACCUUACUAUGGAAAAAAUAUAUCACGCGUACUAUUGGGCUAUAAAUAUCGGGGCGUUAUCUGCGCUUGCCACAACUUAUAUUGAGAAAGAUAUCGGAUUCUGGGCGGCAUUUCUGCUUCCUUCUUGUGCUCUUUGCUUAUCGUUGCUCACGCUAGUCCUAUGUCGAAAUAAGAUUGCUUUUCGAAUCAUGUUAUGUGCAGCGAAGAACGGCUUUAAUAUGGACGCUGCACGGCGGCAAGGUCAAACGUAUGCAGUCGAUUGGGACGAUAAGUUUGUGACGGACCUACAGCGCGGCCUUAUAGCAUGCCGUAUCUUUGCAUUCUAUCCUAUCUUGUGGGUCUGUCAUCUACAGAUAAAUAAUAACCUCGUCUCCCAAGCGGCUCAAAUGGAAACUCACGGCCUCCCGAACGACUUUUUCCCAACAUUGAAUCUAAUCGCUGUGCUCGUCCUACUACCGCUAGUCACCAACGUACUCUAUCCGACUUUACGCAAGCUACACAUUAAGUCUCCGCCAGUUAACCAUAUGGCAGUUGGCUUCUUUAUAGAAGCCAUCGCAAUUGCCUAUUGCGCCGGUAUCCAGCAAGUCAUUUAUACAAGAGGGCCAUGUUUUAAACACGCGUUAGAGUGUCCUACGUCAGACGGGGGCAGAAUUCCGAACCGAGUUAGUGUUUGGCUCCAAGUACCGGUCUACGUCUUAGACGGUCUAGCAGAAGUAUUCUUCGAUGUUGUGAGCCAAGAAUAUGCGUACAACAAAGCCCCGGAUAAUAUGAAAUCGAUAGUUCAGGCCGUUUUAUCUUCUAUGUCAGGCGUUGGUGCAGUGCUAGGCUUCGCCUUGUACCCAGUUGCACAUAAUCCUUAUCUUGUCUGGAUGUACGCCGCCCUCGCAGCCGCUAUUGGCCUCGCAUCGGUGGUGUUUUGGUUACUUUUUCAAAAGUAUAAUGCAGAAGAUGCGGAGCUCAACAAGCGGGAUGUCAGUAAUAACGGAGGCGGCUCGGUAGUAACGGACGAAAGCACGAAUCUGAGCAUGUGA